CGUCUACUCACUCGUAUAUUCAUCCACCCAUUCCCCCUUCCUGAUCCAUCGAUUCUUAUCUCUGUUUUUCAGGUAUAUUUCAACCAAAUUCUCAUUCGUUUUUCUCUUUUUUUCCUUAGAUUUUCCCAUGUUUUGGUGGUCUUUGCCAGAAAGGAAUUCGCAAAUUGUUUUUCGUUUCAUAGAUCUGGAUGAAGAAAUCUUCCUUCUCUUUUAAAUGUUUUUAUUUAUUUGAUCUUUAGGUUCCCAGCUGCUUAAAUGAUGUAUCUGUGUGUUAUCUGUGUUUUUCUCUAUUGCAAUAUUCAAUUUUGUUAUCAUAACCUUUUCCCUGUUUGAUUGCCCCUCCUGAUUCAUGAUUUAAUUCAUAAAUCCAAUCAUCAUGUGAUUUCUGCAUAUAUGUUUUCAGUUCUAUUGAAGAACUAAUUGCUCAUAUUUUUCUUCAAUGGCAUCAAACCUAUGCGCUGAUCAUAUUUUUUUUAUUAAAUCAUGUUCAUGGGAUGUGCUUUUUGUCGAACCAUAUUGUUUCUUUCUCAAUGCCUUAUGUAGAUCCAUUUGAUGACUCCUAUACUAUGUUUCAGGUGAACUAUAUCCUGUUUUGCUUCUAAGGUCUUUAAGGUAGCAUUUGAUUGGUUCCAUUAUAAAGGACAGGGAAUGCAGAAAGAUGUGCUUUCCCGCUAGGAAGUGUUUGUGCAAGUUUGGCGAGGUUAGAGCUCCAUUUGAGCCUUCCUCAAAUACCCUUGAUGAGAUUGGUAUAGCAAUCUUCCCCCGCCUUGGAUUCUUCCACCAAAUCUCACCUUUUCCUUGUAAAGAUUUUGGGGGUCAAGUUGUGUCUUUCCACGAUCUCUGUGAAGACGGUUAAACCUCUGAAAAGUAGUUUAGAGUUUGGUUUUGGGCAGAAUUGAGAUGGAGAGUAAAGGGGGGAGUGUACUGAUGGAAAGGUAUGAGUUAGGGAAACUGUUAGGGCAGGGGACCUUUGCCAAGGUCUACCAUGCGAGGAAUCUGAAAACCGGGACCAGCGUGGCCAUCAAAAUCAUUGACAAGGAGAAGAUCUUCAAGGGUGGGAUGAUGGAACAAAUCACCAGGGAGAUUUCUGUGAUGAAAAUGGUCAGGCAUCCAAACAUAGUCCAGCUGUACGAGGUCAUGGCCAGCAAGACAAAGAUUUACUUUGUCAUGGAAUAUGUUAAAGGCGGCGAGCUGUUUGACAAGGUGGCUAAAGGGAAGAUGAAGAGUGACAUGGCGAGGAAAUAUUUCCAGCAGCUGAUUAGCGCGGUCGACUUUUGUCACAGUAGAGGCGUUUAUCACAGGGAUCUGAAACCAGAGAACCUUCUCCUGGAUGAAGAUGGAAAUCUCAAGAUCACUGACUUUGGUUUGAGUGCUCUAUCAGAAUCUAAGCGCCAAGACGGCUUGCUUCAUACCAUAUGUGGGACCCCUGCCUAUGUUUCUCCGGAAGUGAUUAACCGACUAGGCUACGAUGGAGCCAAAGCUGAUAUUUGGUCUUGUGGGGUCAUCUUGUACGUUCUCCUGUCCGGGCAUCUCCCAUUCCAAGACCAGAACCUGAUGGAGAUGUACAGGAAGAUAUGCGAGGCCGAGUUUAAGUACCCAAAGUGGUUCUCUUCGAAUGCUUGCAAGCUGAUUGCAAAAAUAUUGGAUCCGAACCCGAACACGCGGAUCUCAAUCUCCAAAAUAAUGGGAAAUUGCUGGUUCCGGAAGGGCUUGCAUCCCAAAACAUCGAAAUCAAGUGAGGACAUGAAAGAGGAAGGGGCAGAAGAAGACGCAAAGAAGCUAACAAACAUGAACGCGUUUGACAUUAUUUCUUACUCGUCAGGGUUUGACUUGUCGGGGUUGUUUGAGGUGGGAAGAAUGGGGGACGAGAAGAGAGAGUCGAGGUUCACAUCCACGCAACCUGCAAAAACCAUCAUCUCAAAGCUAGAAGACAUAGCCAAGCAGCUUAAACUGAAAGUUACAAAGAAGGAAGGGGGUUUUUUGAAAUUAGAGGGAUCAAAACUGGGAAGGAAAGGGGUUUUGUCCAUUGAUGCUGAAAUCUUUGAAGUGACACCGGCCUUUCACAUGGUCGAGAUGAAGAAGUCCGAUGGGGACACGCUCGAGUACAAGAAGAUGAUGAAGCACGAAAUAAGGCCGGCAUUGAAAGACAUCGCCUGGGUUUGGCAAGGCGAUGAGCUCAAAGGUGAUUGUCCCGACUUGAACACUAAUAAUUCUUCUCCCCCUUGCAUUGGUUGUUGAUCUAUCAAGUUAAAUGGCUGACUAUGUUUAACCUUUCUAUGUUUAGUGCUUCCCAAUUCUUUUGUCACUGGACUAUGCUUUAAAUUCACUAAUGGUCAUUAUGGUCUUGUAUGGAACAUGAGGUUUGGGCCUUGACUCUGUAAUGGUUCUUUUUGUCUUCAUUUCAUUCUCUCUGCUUAGUUGAGUGACAAGCCCCAUGAAUUCAAGUACAGAAACCAAGAUUUUUUUUUCUUGUUUGAAGUAGAAGCUUAAGUACAGUUAAAUCUGCCUAACAACUAUAAAGAGUUCAAGUAAAU